GCUGUUCCUCAAUGUAAGGCUAAAGAUCGGCUUGGCUGGAAUCUCAGGUACAGUAAAGUGAUAAUGAAACUGCAAUCUGCGAUUUCCCUCUGCGCUUGUCUUUUCUUGACCUUGGCAGACGAAGGAAGGCAGAAUACGUACAGAUCUCCUGCAAUUCCAGAGGAAGCUCAUUUUGCCGAGACAUUUGACUCUGGUCCGUUGGAUAGGAAAUGGGUGUUGUCCAAAGCACAGAAAGCUGAAAAGGAAGACAUCCUUAAGUACAAUGGGCGGUGGGCUGUGGAGGAGGGCACGUCUGGAAACAGGGGUCUGGUGCUGAAGUCCCCAGGUCGACACCAUGCCAUCGCGGCAUAUUUACGCACCAUCUUCCACUUCACAGACAAGCCUCUCAUCUUGCAAUACGAAGUCCUAUUCCAGAACGGAGUUGACUGUGGUGGGGCCUACAUUAAACUGCUUACCCACACGGAUCAUCUCCGUCUGAGCCAAUUUUGUGACACCACCCCAUACACCAUCAUGUUUGGUCCGGAUAAGUGUGGUGGCAACCAGAAGAUAUAUUUCAUCUUUCGCCACCGGAACCCGCUAACUGGAAAGUAUCAGGAGAAACACGCCCGGCAAACAGCAGAGGACCUGAGCAGAUAUUUCACUGACCGUCAACCUCAUCUGUACACAUUGAGAUUAUAUCCUGAUAACAGGUAUGAAAUUCUGAUUGACGAGUACCUGGUAAGUAAGGGCAGCCUUUUGGAGGAUGUGGACCCAUCUGUGAAUCCACCUCAAGAGGUCGCUGAUCCCCAUGACACCAAGCCUGCAGACUGGGAUGAUAGACCACGUAUCCCUGACCCCAUGGCAAGAAAACCAAUGGACUGGGAUGAAGAGGCCCCUGAGCUCAUCCCUGACCCUGCAGCCCAGAGAGUACACGGCUGGCUGGAGGACGAGCAGCCCUUCAUCUCAGAUCCAGAAGCCCAACGUCCAGAUGACUGGGAUGAGGACAUGGAUGGGAAAUGGGAGCCUCCUCUGGUUUCCAAUCCAGUCUGCUCUGAUGCGGUUGGAUGUGGCCAAUGGGAACCUCCAUUAAUCUCAAACCCAGCCUAUAAGGGAAAGUGGAGCCCUCCACUUAUUCAGAAUCCUAAUUACCAGGGGCAGUGGAGCCCAAGGACGGUCACUAACCCGGAGUACUUUGAGGACUCACAGCCAUUCCAGAUGAGUCCAGUAGCCGCAGUGGGGCUGGAGCUGUGGUCAACGACAGGGGAUGUGCUCUUUGACAACAUACUGCUGUGCUCCGACGUCACAGUGGCCCAACGGUGGACGACAGACACCUGGGGGCAGAGACAGACUCCUGGCCUGCUGAUGCAGCUUCUGAUGGCGACGGAGCAGCGCCCCUGGCUCUGGGCUCUGUAUGUCUUCACCGUGGGUCUGCCUGCUAUCCUCUUCAUCAGCUUCAUGUGGCCAGACAAGACAUUUGGGCCCCCAGACCAAGAUUACUGCUACAAGAAGACUGACAAGCCACAGCCUGACAGCCCCCAUGACCCAGAGCGCGACCCAGGCCUAUGGGCUCACAGUGAAAACACCAGCUCAAGGAAGAGGGAGACUCGGCAAGCCAACAGAAAGGCUGAUUUGGAGCUCAAAAUAGACUGAAAGAAGUCAAGCCAGUCCUAGACGUCUUCAUGAGGGUCCCAGAGCAGAGAAACACCUGUUGAUUCCCAGCCUGUUGUCCCAUGCUUAUGAUGUCAUUAUGAUGACAUAGUCUUGUUUACCCAGUUCUUCAAGAUCUAGAUCACAGAUGGAAGAGGACAAGACUGCAAAUAACUGGAACGGCAAGCAUUUCGUUAGGUAGCACUAGGUCAUGCUGUACUUCCCUUCCUCGGAACCGGAUGUACUUUACAUAUAUUCCAGUAAAUUAUGUAUUUUACCCAUAA